GUAUUUUGGCCAACUCGACAUUUGUGUUCAACAUGUCUCUCUCACAGACUCGCCUCUGUCACUAGAAGCGUCUGGAUUUUUCGUGAAACUACUGCAUUUGUUAGCAUUAAGCUAGCGGGUUGUGUCAGCCAGGACCCAGACAAGCAGCAGCAUCCUCAAUGGUGUGUCUACAUCCAAGAGCCGUCACAUUUUCCUGUGUCCGCUCAAUGAACAAUCUCAUCAGCUCUCAUCACGGCUGCACAUGUAUGGCGUUUGCGAGGCUUGGAGGGGAGUUUUGCCAAGCUCAGCACCUGCUGCUUAUUGUGGACAAGUGAACAGGAGGACACCAGCUAGGCACAAUCACUGCCAUUCACACACACAGGUCCUUACCGCCAUUUUUGCUCAACCCAUAUGAGGACAAGCCAACCUUCAGUCUGUGACCUGUCCUGGGGAGAAGGAGAGGAAUUGGUUGCAGUCUGGAAGUUUCCUCUCUGCUUUUCUACUUUCCUUCUAUUCCUUUAUUAUUCUGUUCUGAUUUGUACAAGUCUUCUACGGGCUAACAGAUUUGAGAUAGAGGAAGCACAGAUUUCUUUCUGCUCUGUUUUCUUUCUCUAGUGACUCAAAUCUUUAAGCAAGCCAAUUUCCAUUUUAUUGCCAAGAACAUUUUUCCAUACUUCGUCACCAAAAAGUGAUCCUUUGUUUGUUGUUUAAAUAUUUUUUUUAUGAUUUUAGUAGUUUACCCUUUGCUCAUAAACCAAACUGAUAUUUAGUAAAAUUGAUCGCUUCUUUUUAAGUGAAAGCAUUUUUUUGUUUUGAAAAGUGUUACUCCAUUCCCUUAAGCACAGUACUUUUUUAGACUUUCAGUCUUUAUUUACAAACAUUUGUGGGUCUAAAAAAUGAAUCGGCCGGCUCCAGUCGAGAUCUCCUUUGACUGUCUGAGAUUCCUCAUCACGCACAAUCCCACUAAUGCACAACUGGGAAAGUUUAUUGAGGAUUUAAAGGCAUUUGGAGUAAACACCCUGGUGAGAGUGUGUGCUGCUACUUAUGACAAGACACCGGUGGAACAAGAAGGCAUACAAGUCCUGGAUUGGCCAUUUGAUGAUGGUUCUGCUCCACCAGACCAGAUCGUUGAUGAUUGGCUAAAUCUGCUGCAAACCAAGUUUAGAGAUGAGCCUGGAUCCUGUGUGGCUGUGCACUGUGUUGCUGGACUGGGACGAGCCCCUGUGUUGGUGGCCCUGGCUCUAAUUGAGUGUGGGAUGGAAUAUGAAGAUGCAGUGCACUUAAUACGACAAAAACGUCGAGGUGCAUUGAAUGCCAAGCAGCUGCAUUACCUGGAGAGCUACAAGCCUAAACUGUGUCUGCGGUCCAAAGAUGCUAACGGACAAAGCUGCUGUGUACAGUAGGAAUAUUUAAAAAAAAAAAACAAAAAAGAAAAUCUACUUAAGUUGUUUUCUUCUCCUUGGUUUGUAAUCUCAUCUGAACUUGUUGAAAAAUCCCACAAAUAUUAAAGUAAAUGGUCUAUAAAAAUAAAAACAUUUAUUCCAGAGCAUCUUCUGUCAGUUUACAAUUGCAGGUUCAGAUUCAUGUUGUUCUUGUUUAACUUUGGAAUCAGACAUUAAAAUCGUAUGGCGUCCGUAUACCUAAGUACAUUUGACAGUUGAAUCAUUUUUCUUCUGUGAUCUGCAAGCUUCAUAGUCGUUCCAAGCUGUAUACACUAAAAAUCAACAGUAUGUGCAUUCAGAAGCAUAUUUUAGCUAUGCAUAUUGGUUUAUUGCAUCAGUUCUUACAGUGGAUGAGACUGAUCUCUCCUCAUUGGCUAAAUAAGAAUACUGCAGCCAAAAUUAGCUGAAUGUGACAGACUUUGAAAAAUUAGAAAAUAUGCAAUAUUUAUAUUUAGGAAAUGUACUAAAUUUAACUAAGUCUCUGCAGUUUGACACACUUUAAGAAAUGCUGUAUUAAAAUUAGGGAUGCACCGAUUCACUUUUUAUCUUCUGAUACCGAUAUCUAAGAUUUAGUAUCAGCCGAUUCCGAUCCAAUACCGAUACAAAAGAACAGCGCUGAACUACCUAACAAAUUAUGUCUCAUUGUUUGGAAAAGACUGAGAUUUUUUGUGCAACGCAACAUCAGACUUGACUUAAACAUUUCUUUCCUGAUAUUUAAAAACAGAUCCAAAUGUACUUAACUAGGUGAGGGUAAAAAAACAAUAAUUUCUCCACUAGCUUGGUUGGUAGAUAUUUACAAUAAACAAAAAAUGAGCUCCAAACAUUGGUUAAGUGCAAUUAUUUAAGUAUUAAUUAUUGUAUUUGCAUUUAUUUUGAUCCCCAUUAGCUGUUAGAGUACAGCUAUUCUUUUAUUUCUUCAUCCACGCUUGACACCGGUGUUUAAAAACUUAUAAGCCUGAUGUUAUUUACCUUAUUUAAAUGAUGGCAUGUCCUUUCUGACUCUACAAGGUAGCACUUUCACAAUUCUCCUCCACCCUGAUGUACAAAGACCCACCCGUGUGAGCACGCAGGUGAGCACACUCCCGCCAGCCGACGGAGAGCAUGUGUGGGGAAAAUAUGUGGUGUAAAUAACCGAAUAACCAGGCUUCACAAAUUUACCCUCCAUCCCACAGAUAAAACUGACGUAGCGUAGUUUGAUCAUAGCUUUAUUUAACAUUUACAGCUGUUCAUCAGCGUCUCUGCUGACAUAUCAGUCUGUGGUCUAGUGUAGAUUUAACCACAGCUGGGUCUCGCAACCACACGUUUCCAAGGACCAGCUCAGCUUCUGAUUGGUUAUUAAUGUGUUUAAUUGAGAGCAAAGCUGCGUUCAUCUCACACCAUUGGUAGAUAUACUCAACAUGACAAUCAACAUUAGUACACAUUAAUUUAUUAAAUAGUCUUUUUUUUCCCCCCUUUUUUGUGCAAAAACUCUGUAAGCCAGAGGUAAGGCAUGGUGCCGGAAUACUUUAAGCCCUGAAAUUAAACAUUCAUUUAAAAAGCUUCUAAAUAAAACAAUAGCUUCACUAACUUGGUAAAAUAAAUAAAAAUUCAGAUAGUCCCAACUUGUCAGCUUUUUCUCACACACACACACACACACAACUCAGUGUCAGCCGUUGAAUGUGUUGGCUGGGGCAGGGUGAAAAAGUCCAGAUGGCUGAUCCUUUCACUCACUCCACCUUAAAAACAAAUGUGAGCCUCUGCGUGGCGCGUCUUUCCGCGUGACGUCACUCAAAGCGUACAGCAUAGAUUCACACUUAAUAGAUCUGCGCUUAUGGAUCAGGCCCAUUGUUAUGAUAAUCGAUAUAGAAAUUUCUCCAAUAUCGGAUCGGUGCAUCCCUAAUUAAAAUUAGAGUUUACCUACUUGUCAUAUGUCCCAGAUCGGACUCAGUCUGCUUUACUAGAACAAACUUGUGCUCUCCCGAAGUUAAGCAAUGCAAGUGUUCCAGUGUGUUAAAGAUAAGUUAGUGAAUGUAUUUAUUAUCACAUCCUCCAUAUUUCUAUGCCGUCACUUCAUACAUAGUAAUGUCUGGGAGUGGAUGAUUUGAGUGGCAGUAAACCGAGUUUGAUAUUAAUCCCACAGACUCUUAAGCAUAGAUAAUGUUGGGUUAUAAUCUGCAUGAUAACAGUCCAGGAUGUACUGUGGCAGUAACUCCACACAGACACAUUAGUAUUAGAAAAUAAGCUGGCAUUUAACAAAAUGUUGCUGCUUUUGUCAUCACUAAUUAAUUGGACAAU